AUGCACCCGAACCAGAAUUCUAUCAAAAUAAUAUCUGGAAACUCACACCCGCAGUUGGCCAAACUUAUAGCAGAGAAGCUCCGGUUGCCCCUUGCCAAAAUAGGAGCCUUCCAGUACACUAACAAAGAGACUGCCGUUUCCGUGGGUGAAUCCGUGAGAGAUGAAGAUGUAUAUAUAAUCCAAACUGGUUCCGGAGAGAGCAACAUAAAUGACUUCUUGAUGGAGUUGUUAAUAAUAGUCAAUGCCUGCCGUACUGCCAGUGCCAGAAGGAUCACCGCUGUCAUUCCCUGUUUUCCAUACGCAAGACAAGACAAAAAGGACAAAAGUAGAGCUCCCAUUACCGCUAAACUCGUGGCCAAUCUAUUAACUACUGCCGGAUGCAAUCAUGUCAUCACCAUGGACUUGCAUGCUUCCCAAAUCCAGGGAUUCUUCAGAAUUCCAGUCGACAACUUGUACUCAGAGCCCAUUUUCUUGAGAUAUAUCAAAGACAACUUUGAUUUAAAAGAUGUGAUAAUAGUGUCGCCAGACGCAGGAGGAGCCAAGAGAGUGGCAGGAAUUGCCGAUAAGUUGGACGUGAAUUUUGCAUUGAUCCACAAAGAACGUCAAAAAGCCAAUGAAGUAUCCAAAAUGGUGUUAGUUGGUGAUGUCUCGGAUAAAGUGUGUUUGUUGAUCGAUGAUAUGGCUGAUACUUGUGGAACCUUGUGUAAAGCAGCAGAUGUGUUGAUGAAAAACAAGGCCAAGAAGGUGAUUGCCAUGAUUACACAUGGGAUUUUCUCUGCCGAUGCGUUGGAUAAGUUGAAUAACUCCAAAUUGGACAAAAUAGUAUGCACGACCUCAUUACCGUUACAAAAAAAGUUAAGUCAGUGUCCCAAAAUCACCUGUCUCGAUAUAAGCAGCACUUUGGCGGAAGCGGUGAGGAGAUUACAUAACGGUGAAAGUGUUUCGUACUUGUUCAAUAAUGCCAUUGAGUAA